AUGGCCACCGAUAACGCCGUCAGCGUUGCAGAGUCCCUCGCCCAGGGCGGCCCAUCCGACCUAACUCGCACAGGUGUUUUCGCCGCCUUCGCCUCGCUAGCCUGGUACAACUCCAUAGAGCUCAUCAUCCUCUGCUUAUUCUCCUUCAGACGCUGGCGCGGCACCUACUUCUGCAGUCUGCUCGUCGCCUCCGGCUGCAUCAUCCCGUAUUGUCUCGGGUUCGUCCUUCUCUUCUUCCCAACUGGCGUUACUCCUUGGCUAUGCGUGACCCUCGUCGUGCUGGGCUGGUACGGCAUGAUCACCGGUCAGUCGAUGGUGCUGUGGUCGCGGCUGCAUCUCGUGCUGCAGAAUCGGAAGCUGCUGCGCGGUGUGCUGUGGAUGAUCUGUGUCGAUGCUAUGGUCUUCCAUAUCCCGACUACGGUUCUCUUGUUCGGGACUGUUGCUUACCCGACGGGUCGCUGGGCCCGCGCAUACGAUAUCAUGGAGCGUAUACAACUGGUCGGUUUCUGUAUACAGGAAUUGAUCAUUUCGAGUAUCUACGUCUGGGAAACGGUCAAGCUGCUCCGUCUCAGGCCUGAAGGUCGCCCGCAGGGAAUUCUUAAUCAGUUGUUGGUUAUCAAUAUCCUCAUUCUUGUGUUGGAUAUCUCGGUCGUUGUCAUCGAAUAUGUCGGCUACUAUGCCGUGCAGGUCUUGUUCAAGCCUGUCGCGUACAGUAUCAAGUUGAAGCUUGAAUAUGCUAUCCUUGGGAAAUUGAUCGCGGUUGCGCGCGGUGGCACGGACAGUCAGGAUAUGCACUCGAGCAUGCGGGAGAUCAAUGAGACUGGCUCGUUUCCUUCGGAUAGGGACCGGAUUUCGAGUUUGGAGUCGCCAAUGCGGGAUCAUCGGCGGUUCAGUCUGCCCUGGCCUUGGGAAGGGAGUUCCAGUCAUUCUACAUCUACUUCAUCUGGUGUUAUACGGAAUCCAUGA